UUUUGCUUUCGCUAAGAUUCUCUCGCUCUCCUCGCUGAAUUCCUCCAAUCACCUUUUCCAUCAGAUUUCCGCGGCCCCGACGCGCCCAGGAGCUCCUCCCCUUUUUCUUUUCAACGGCGAGUGACACGGGGGCAGAUCAUGGGAUAGAUUCGAUUCCACCUUUCGAUCGUUUUCGUUGUCAUGAGUGUCGGAGGAGGAGGAAUGGACCGAAUUGAUGCAGUUCUCCGACGUGGAGCCACCGGAAUUCCCAAAAUCUCUUUUACUCCCGCUAUAAAUUUCCCCAGGAGGUGAAGGUGGUCGUCCCAUCAAUCCAUACAUCAGUCAUGGCUUUGAUUUCUUUGCCUUCGCGGUUCUAAAUUGCUCGGGGUCUCAGUCUUUCAUCUUCUUUAUCCAUCUAAGAUCAAAUCCUUAUUCAACUGGACUAGUGACCAGAGAUGGGUCUCAAAAGCGUAUGUUGUUUCAGGUGACAUGUCGCGGGAGACAGAAUCAUUUAGUGGUGGAGUGAUACAAAAAGGAAGAGAAAUUCUUUUUCAGGCUUUCAAUUGGGAAUCUCAUAAGCAUGGUUGGUGGAAGAAUUUGGAAAAGAAGGUUGCAGAUCUUGCUAAAUGUGGGUUUACAUCAGCAUGGCUGCCACCAGCAAUCCAUUCAUUCUCUCCAGAAGGGUACCUACCGCAGAACCUCUAUUCUCUUGAUUCUUCUUAUGGGUCUCACCUGGAAUUGAAAGCUUUACUUCAAAAAAUGCAUCAAAACAAAGUCAGGGCAAUGGCUGACAUAGUUAUCAAUCAUCGAGUUGGGACUACUCGAGGACAUGGGGGAGCAUAUAAUCGGUAUGAUGGAAUUCCACUGCCGUGGAAUGAACAUGCUGUAACAUCAUGUUCUGGUGGAAGGGGUAACCGAAGCACUGGCGAUAACUUUCAUGGAGUUCCAAACAUAGAUCAUACCCAAGCAUUUGUAAGGAAAGACAUAAUUGGAUGGCUAAAAUGGCUUCGCCAAAGUAUUGGUUUUCAAGAUUUUCGUUUUGAUUUUGCAAAAGGCUAUGCCCCUAAGUUUGUAAAAGAAUAUGUUGAGGAGUCCAAGCCAAUAUUCUCUGUGGGGGAAUAUUGGGAUACCUGCAACUACCAUCCUCCUGAUUAUCACUUGGACUACAACCAAGAUAGUCAUCGACAAAGAAUCAUUAACUGGCUUGAUAACACUGGAGGGCUUUGUGCUGCCUUUGAUUUCACAACAAAGGGUAUCCUUCAGGAAGCUGUUAAGGGAGAGCUAUGGCGUUUGCGUGAUCCUCAGGGGAAGCCACCUGGUGUGAUGGGAUGGUGGCCUUCAAGAUCAGUUACAUUCAUUGAGAACCAUGACACAGGAUCGACUCAGGGUCAUUGGCCUUUCCCAGCUGAUCACGUUAUGGAGGGAUACGCAUACAUCCUCACACAUCCUGGGAUACCAACCAUUUUUUAUGAUCACUUUUAUGAUUGGGGUGACUCCAUUCACAAUCAAAUUGUGCAACUGAUGAACAUCCGGAGACAACAAGAUAUCCAUAGCCGAUCAGGAAUCAAAAUCUUGGAGGUCCAGUCAGAUCUCUACUCUGCUAUCAUUGACAAUAAAGUGUGCAUGAAGAUUGGGAAUGGCUCAUGGUGUCCAAGUGGCAAGGAGUGGAAACUAGCGACCAGUGGCCAUAGAUACGCAGUAUGGCACAAGUAGAAUUUUGUAUUGGAGAAAAUAAGCUUGUACCUGCAGAAUUAGUGCUCAUGCUUCUCAAAUAGUAAUUAACACUCAUACUUGUAGAACAUUAUUACUAUAUGGGAUUAAGAAAUCAUGUAAUCAUUUUAGAUUUAGGUCAAAUUUCUCUUUUGGCAUAACUGUGUUGCAUUACAUUCCUGAAAUUUGUUCACAGAUGUGAUCAUUUCAAGUCAUGAUCAAGCAAUUUCAGCUCUCACAACAGGUGAUAGUUAUAUGAAUGUUUGACAACU